AUGCCAACCCUGCAGCGAACCGAUUCAUGCACAGAUAUUGCCUUCACCCUCCGACGACAAUUCCACAAGAAUGAGUUCAGGUAUGCAGAGUCUACAGAAUUAAAAGGAGAGCUGAGCGGGCCAUACCUGAGCCUGUCACACGGCCGCAUCAGCGCCAUCACCCUUUUCACAGCUAACAGUGUUCCGUCCAGGCCAUAUCAACGGGAGAUCAUUGAGGCUGCACUAAGUGGCCAUGAUGUUUAUGUCCAAGCUGCGACGUCUUUCGGCAAGAGUCUUUGUUUCCAACUUCCGGCCGUGAUUGAUCCUGGAAGCAAUAACCAUAGUCGUUUCUCCUCUGUUGAGCCUUAUGGUACGAUUGAUACCACUCUUGCGGGACAAAUGUGCCCUCAACUUACAUCGAAGCAGAUUAAUCAAGUCGAGGCCCUGAGAGCGUCGGGCAUAGAUGCAAGCUCGCUGAACAGCAACACACCAUAUCCUGAAAAAGAUCGGAUACAACGAGAUCUGGAAACCGGUCAUCCAAGGACACCACUUUUGUAUGUAACUCCGGAGCUAUGUUCAGGUUCUAGGUUUCGUGAACGACUGCGGCUCGUACAUAAGCAAAAAGAGUUGGCCAGAAUCGCUAUUGAUGAAGCACAUUGCAUCUCCGAGUGGGGGCAUGACUUUCGAAAAGACUUCAAGCGACUUUCUUGGUUCCGCGAGACGUUUCCCGAUGUACCGAUUAUGUGUCUUACGGCCACAGCGAAUGCGCAGGUACGGGAGGAUGUGCUCCGUAUCUUGAAACUGGAUGAAACUCCAGAGAGAAUAAAGUCGUUUCUCAUGAGUCCGCAACGCCAAAACCUUCAUAUUGAGAUUCGAUACUUUAAAGAUGAGGAUGACAAUCGCCUGGCGGACUUCUUGAAGUGGAUUCGAGCUGUCCAUGACCGACGACGAGCUGAGCCGAGAAGAAAGGAACUUCGAGACGCAGGCGAGAGACCAGAAAGCGUCCCCGGUAUUAUCUACACCCUAUCACGGGAUGAGUGUGAAACUUUGGCGGCAUCAUUACGUGAAGAGGGCAUCGGUGCCCGCCCUUUUCAUGCGAAGCUAUCGAAAGAGGUGAAGCUGGAAACCUUGAGUCGGUGGAUCAAUAACGAACCGGGUUACGAUAUUAUCGUGGCUACGACGGCGUUUGGUAUGGGCAUUGACAAGAACAACGUUCGGUUUGUCGUUCACUGGCGAAUACCCAAGUCCUUUGAGGGGUACUAUCAAGAGGCUGGGCGUGCUGGGCGUGAUGGCAAUGCAAGUUACUGCUUCUUAUACUACAGCCGUGAAGAUCUGGAGCGAGUUAUGCGGAUGGUACGGAGUGACUCGAAAGAAGGCACAAAUCAAGAAGCUCGACUGCAUAGCCUCCAUUCAUUGGCGACAUAUUGCGAGAGCGUAGACUCUUGCCGUCACGCAGAUAUAUGCAAAUACUUUGGUGAGACGGCUGUACCGGACUGCGAUUUUGCCUGUGAUUGGCAUAAGGAUGCGUAUGACCUGGAAACGAGGUACCUGAAAGGCUUGGCAAGUCCGGACUGGGUGAGCACACAGGUGCAACAGGGUACUUAUGACGCCUACGAUUACUACGAAGAAGAUUAA